UUUAUGGCAGUGGGACGUGUCGCUGAUUUACAAGGCCCUUGAAAAUUGAAAUGGCGCGAAAGUAGUGGCACGCCUUCAUAGACAUAGACCGUACCACGACUUUCUCUCUCCGCUUUUCAAAAUUUACAAUUUCUGUUUGACAAACCGCAUCCGUAGCGAACUUGCCAACUUCCCAAUCCCACAAUCACGAUGCAGAAAUAAAACGGAACGUUCCUUCAAAUCUCCCGUUUCAGUGGUAGAAAAAUCAAAUAGCCGAAGAAGAAGCAGAAGAGGUCAGAAUACUUGCAAAUUUCACACAGGUCUCCCGUUACUUUCUUGAUUGCUGUUGAAUUUCCGAUGAUUUGGUGAGGAUUAUUAUGUAUAAUGGUGGUGGUGAUUGUGGCGGUGGACUUUGUGCGCGAAUAGUGAUGGCGUCGUCGAGCCCUCUCACCGCCAUUGCCGACUCCUUCGAAGGGCUUGCGAAAUUGGUAGGUUCGUUGAAGGAACCCUCUCAAGAACUCCGAUUGGAUGCGCUCUGCGACGCUUGCUCUCUCGUCUCUGUACUCUUCGGUUCCCUCGGCCUCGCCUUCAAAUUCGCCGAGUUAGAGUACGUCUCCAAGGUGCGUGAUCUUGCGGAAGCGUCGAAGAAGCACGAGACGCUGCACAAAAUACUUGAUGAUGAUAUUGCAAACGACACAGUGAAAACACCUGGAAGCCAUACGCGGAAUCUGCGUCGAGUCAGACAAGGUCUGGACCUCGUUAGAGCUCUGUUUCAACAGUUCAUGUCCACCGAUGAUUACUCGUUAAGGGAAGCUGCUUCAACAGCUUAUACACAAGUUUGUGCGCCCUACCACACCUGGACAGUCAGAACAGCAGUUUCUGCUGGAAUGUAUACUCUUCCAACAAGGGAGCAGCUUCUGCUAAAGCUCAACGAGACCAAUCAGUCAGCAGAGAAGAAAAUGAAAAGGUAUAUCGAUGCCUCGUCUCCGGUUAUAGAAUAUAUCGACAAGCUUUACAUUUCUAGGAAAAUCAGCUUGGACUGGUGACUUUCACCUCCUCCUUUCGACAUCCAGAUUCUGCUCCAAUCUUGUCUGAGUAGCAGGUCAUUUCAACAGAGUUAGUAACACAGAAAGAAGCUCUCCAUGGAUGCUUUCGAAUAUAUUACAACAUAAACUUAACAGUUCCAUGACAGUUUCUUUGUAAUCCUCAUUAUGUUUAGUGUAUAUAUUUGAAUUCAUAACAUAUAUCAGAUUGUAUCUGAGUAUAACUGAUGAAUCAUGGUGAUGAUUCGAGUAAAAAUCAAAAGGGAAACAUGGUGAAUAUUUUGUCAAUGGAAAGGCAUGAUUUCAACAUAAACCAUUGUGAUUAUUGAACAAGUCAUAGGAAGCACUAUGUCAAACAUGAAAACAGAAGCACAGGUUUGAAGGGUAAAAGUUAUUUAAGAAACUUGAGUUCCUUUGGGAAACCCUUGAAUGACAAACCAACACAAACUCUGUCUUAAAUAAAAUACCUUCGUCAAUUGAAUGAGACCAUCCCUUUUCAUCCACAGAGUUUCUACUAAUACAUUUCCCGUACGCAAUAACUUGGAAACAAAAAUCAGCUCAUUAUUGCUCUUCAAAUCUUUUAGAAAUA